AUAUGACUGACAUACCAUCAGUUUUUUUCAAAGAGCGGGCAUUAUUUAUUAUUUCAUUAUUAGACAAAAUAAUACUUUUUCUUGGUAUGCAACUGUGUAUACAGGUGGAUAAAAAUAUCAACCAAACUGAAUAAUAGCUUCAUAUUAUUAUUCAUUAUGACCAGUAUGACCUAACCAUCUGACUACACGAUGUUCAAAGAAUAGUAGGUAUGAAAGCAUCGCAGUCGCAGUUGCAAGUUGAAUGAUGGUAAUGGUUACAAACAGGGUACAGACUGUAGGAUAUAGGUAGACUGUGAGUACUGUGACACUGUGUGCCCUGUAGCCCUGUGGUGUGAUAUGUGGUAGGGUCUAAGGCACAGGAGUAGUGUGGGAGUAGUAGAACAGUAGGAGUUGUGGGAUGAUAAGUCAAUAACUUUAACAGGAAUCUUAAAAAUGAUGGCUAGCAGAUUAGGAAUGCCUGCUGCAAGCAUCCCAGAUAAUCCUUUGAGUCUUUCUUGGCAUGAUUCAGCCUGGAUUCCUAUCCUUAAUACAGCUAAUGUGAUGGAUUAUUUUUCUCAGGGGUCAAACCCAUUUUUUGAUAGAACUUGUAAUAAUGAAAUUGUUAAAAUGCAGAGGCUGAACCCAGAACAAUUACAAAACAUGACUGGUUUGGAAUAUGUACUACUUCAUGUCCAGGAGCCUAUUUUGUAUGUUAUUCGGAAGCAGCACAGGCACAGUCCACAACAAGUGACUCCACUUGCAGACUAUUAUAUAAUUGCUGGUGUUGUGUAUCAAGCUCCUGAUCUUGCCAGUGUACUGAAUUCAAGACUGCUCUCUGCAGUGCAUCAUAUCCAGUCAUCUUUUGAAGAAUCUUCUAGUUUUGCCAAAUACCACCCAAGUAAAGGCUACUCAUGGGAUUUCAAGUCACAAAGAGUCAACAUUGAAAAGACAAAAAAAGAGGAAAAACCUAGGGAAGAACCAAGUUCACUAUUUCAACGUCAAAGGGUUGACAUGCUUCUAGGUGAACUGAUCAGGAAAUUUCCCCUGCCCUGUCCUCCCCAACCUAAAUUAGUACCCUCAGCACCUGUUAAGCAAGAUUCUGAAAAUGGGGCAACAGAAAACAAAGAUAUAAAGACUGAGAUCAAGCAAGAGAAGAUUAAGCCACCACCUGAGAAAAAACCAAGGAUUCAUUGAAAUUUUAGGCAAAUUGAAAACAAAUCACAUUUUCAGCUUGAUAUCACAAAAUAUGUAUUUUGUGUAUUAUGUUUUUGAUUCUGCCUAUAAAUAAUUGGUACAUAAAUGACAAGAUAAAUGACUUAUUGUGAGAUAAAUGAUUUAUUGUACCAGACCCUGGACCAGACCAUCACCAAAUCUAGCUUAUAAUAAGCAAUAGAAGUUCCUCUAGAUUUACAAUUUUUUCUGGAAGCAAAAAAGGAUAGGAGUUUAAAUAAAAUAAAUAUGUAUAGGUCAAUCAAAAUAUUUUUAUUUCAUGUAUACAAAAAGAAAUUUUGAAUAUGUUCCCAUGGUAGGAACAUUAUUCCAGAACAAGAUAAAAAACAAUUCAAACAUCAGCCUGUAACUGAUGACCCAGUAAUUGAAUUUUCUCUCCUGGUUUGAAUGCAGGCAUUCCCAAAUAUGGGCAAGAACUACAACGAAAAGCAUCUCCCAAAUAACAACUUCCACAAGAAGAUUUAGGGGCAUCAGUAGUAUCAAUAAUUUUGCCUAUUUGUGCUUCAGUAGACAGUUCUUCAGCUAGACCACAAGAGCAGUCUUUACAAGCCUUGCGUUUUCCAGUGGUUCCACAUACACGAAGGGACAUUGGAUCUGGCUUGACUAAAUCAUCCUCAUCAAGUAAUUCAUCAGGAUCAAUUGUUUCUGAUUCUUCAUCUAAUGCUGUAUCCAGUUUCCAUACUGAAGUGGGGAUUUUUGGAAGUUUGAGCUGUGUUGAUGAACCCAGCUCAAAUUUAGGUUUGUUAGCAGUUAUAAGGCCAUUGGAAAUUUUUACAUUCAUGAAACCAGCCAUGAUAAGACUGAACUUCACUUUUUCUUUCUCCAAUAUGUUCAAAAUUAGCAGUUUGCCACCAGGAUUUAGCACUUUCAGUAAAUGUGUCAGAAAUUCAGUAGUGUACUUUUCAUCUGGUAUUUCACAACAUAGUACAACACUUGCAGAGUCAUGUGUGGCUGACUCAAGUUCUUCUGAAUAUAUUGACUUAUGAACACUGAAUUUUUUCAAAUUUCCACUAAAAUCCGUAUCCUUGGCGAAAUGAACCAAGACAACAUUUUCGGAUGCGCUCAAAUCACUUAUAACUGCAUCCAUUGUGUAGAAAUUUGUAAUAGAAAAUUUAUCUUCUCCUGUUGUACUUCUAUGAUCACCACCUGUAACCCAAUGAACUAUGAACGAUCAGCGAACAGGCCAAUAAACACUUCAAUUUAUUUAUUUUAGUAAUAUCAACUUAUCUAGAAAAUAUUCAACAAAAGGACAAUGGACGUGAUCAAUGACGUGAUGACUAUAUGACUAUAUG